AUGACUCACAGUGUGUCGCUAUACGUUGUCAUUCUAACUGUCCCAGCUGUAGUUGUUCUAUGGCGGUUCCUCGGACGGUGGUUGCACGUGUAUUUCACUCGCAAAAUGACUGCGCUAUACGACAUUCCAAACAUUGGAAGACCUAGGGCGAACGAAAAGAGAUUGCAAGGAACUGCCGUGGUAUGCGGGGGCAGUAUUGCUGGACUCUGGGCCGCCCGUAUUUGUGCCGACCAUUUCGAGGAGGUCGCAAUUGUAGAGCCUGAGGCCUGGGUAGCAACAAAUGAAGGAACAUCAGACAUUUACGAUGAGAAGGGGCAUCGGCUUGAAAAUCGUGGUUUAUACACGAGAACCCGUGUUCAGCAAUAUCGGUCACAACAUUCUUUUCAGCCCAUCACGCUGGUUGCCUUGAGGCAAUUAUUCCCUUCAAUUGAUGAUGAGAUCCGACACGUCGAUGGCCGAAUUUCGGAUGCAAACUACAAUCUCCAGGUCUAUGGGAAGUUUAUCGGUAUACCCAGAACCGUCCAUCCGGAUGCAAGCUACUCGCAAACCUUCUUCGUCACCCGCGAAACCUAUGAACGAUUACUCAGACGUCUUGUGCUGGCCUACUCAAGCCGUAUUCGCUGGGUUGUAGGAACGGCGAUCGGAGUUUCGCCAGACGAAAAAGACCUGACGACACUCAAGUAUGUCACAAUCCGAACAGAAUACGGGGACGAGGAGUCUAUUCCAGCUUCUCUGGUUGUUGAUUGCAGUGGCACUUCGCAGGCCGGAAUUAAAUGGCUCAAACGUAUCUACACCGACCCAAAGUAUACGUCUGUUCUUCAGUGUACUCCGGACAUACCUCGUGGAGUACCUGCAUUCGAUGAAAAUCUUAAGAUUGAGUACAAUGCCAAGCAGCGUUUCGUUAAGUUCCGCGUUUUUGUUCCACCAGAAUUCCGUUUCCGGUUGCCGAUCCCGAAUGGGUAUGAUAAUGCGGCGUGGAUGUUCACUUACAUGCCUCGACCUGGCCUUGAGCGCAAGUUUCUCAUGCUGGAAAGAAUGGAAGGACAUCGUAUUGAGAUGGCCUUCGGAGGGUGGGGUGACCCUCCGCUUCCUGAAAGCCUCUCCGAUGUCAAGGAGUGGCUUCUCAGCAUGGAGACAGAUAAACCAAUUCCCGAUUGGAUUCACGAUCUAGUAAAUGUAUUGCUUGAAAUUAACGGCGACCACGAGAAGGAGGUUGGAAGGUAUCCAAACAAUUAUUGGAUCCGUUAUGAGCGCGCUCCAUACAUCCCAUCAAACUUCGUGGCAAUCGGAGACGCUGUUAUGCAUGUGAAUCCAGCUUUCGGACAAGGUUGUCAAAAAGCUGCUAUCGGUGCUAUUUCACUGGAUAAUAUGUUGAGGAGACCAUCUCUCCUUAACUCGAUAAGCAUACCUCGUGGCUUUGGUCGCUGUUUCUUUGAGUUUCAUUCGCCCCGGAUAGCUGGUGCAUGGGACGGAACGAAGCCUACCGAUUAUCAAUGGGAUACAACAACUCCCGUGAAGGGCGAAAAGUUAAGCGACGAGAAGUUCAACGGCAAAGUCGGGGCCCUCAUGAUGAAACUCGCCGGAAUGGACCAGAGCGUCAGCGAUGCGAUAUGGCAUGUUCGUGUGUUCCUCGCACCACCUACAGAUUUAAUGCAUCCUACAAUACUUGCAAAGUUAGCCUGGUUACAUAUCCGCCAGAAACUGGGCUUGGCUUGA